CAGCUGACAUGAUGUAAGAUGAAAGAUAUUUAAAAGGUAUUUUGAAAGGUUACAGUUUUGAAAACUACAUUUUCACCUGUGAUAUCACCACUUUUACUGAUUAUGGGACAUUUUUAAUUUCUAUCUACAUCGUAGUUUUAAUUUUUUCUUAUUUGGUGCAAUAUGGAAGUAGACACCUGUGAUCAUCAAUCUCCAGAUUAUUCUCAGCUCGUUGUGGAUGCUCUCGUUGCUGGAUGUACGGAUGAACAAGAAGCUGUCAGCAAUCAUGUUUGCAAUAUUGUUGUUCAAUAUGGGAGUAAACACUGUUCUUUGGUACUCGGUACAUGUCUUUAUCACCUCCAGAAGGAUGACGGUAAAGAUCAGCAGCUAAGGCAAAUCGGCAAAAUCAAAUUAAUGAGCAAUAUAGAAAGAGUUUGCAUAGAGUUUGUGAAUAAAAUUGACCAAGACACCCGAAAUCAAUUGAUCAAAUUUUGCAUAGGCGUUCUGAAUAAAGAUCUCGAUGAAAUUACUGAUUAUGAGCGAUAUUCUUGUGGGGUGCUUGUCUGUCUUGGUAAAAAACAGACCACUGAUAUCAUGGAAAAAUUCUUGGAACGGUUUAAGCCCAACACAUCUCCUUUUAUAGGGAUCUGUAAAUGCCUAGGCUCAUUAGCAACUGCUAAUCCAUUUGGAAUGGUUGGUUAUAUCAAAGGUCUAUUAGGUACCAUGGUCACAAUGUUACCUGUGAUUCGUAAAGAUGUCGUUCGGAUAUUUUUCGUUAAAUGUGUCUCUCAAUUUGCUGAAUCGAUAAAAGAAUACUUGUCUAACAUUGACCGGGCACCUGAUCCAGAAGUCAACAAGGCUUACUUUUUUCCUGAAAUCGAUAGUCUUUUCGAUUAUCUUUAUCACGAAUGGUUUAAUGGACGCAAUAAUCGAGUCCGAGAGGCCGUCAUCAAGGCUCUUGGAAAUAUGAUCUCUUUGAUGAGUGAUAAAGCAUUUGCAGAAAAUGCUCCUCGAUUCAUUACCAGUCUUCUCCCGCUCUAUCGAAAACCAACGGUGUCCCUACCAUUGUCAUCAAAUGAUUUCGAGAUUUGUUAUGCUUCUCAAAGUUUACACCAAGCACUUGAAUGUUUGACGGAAAGAGGAUCGCCAACUUUAACACGACUCAACAUUGAAGCUAUUACUAAUACUCUUUUCAUCCAAACAUGUGCCUUACCUGAUUACCAACAGCCCAAUUCAAUUCGGAAUCACAACGAAAUAUUACGGUCCUUUGCUACUCUAAAUACCAAAUAUAGUGAUUACCUGAUCCCCUGGUUGCUUACCAAACUUGAAUUAAACUCGGACUCUGCAAAAAUUGGUGCAUUAACCAUAUUAAAGCAUCUAAUUAAUGCUUCUAGUCAAUAUAUCGUUCCCCGGUUGUCGUUAAUAUUCAAAGCUCUUCGUCGGAUUCUUGAUGAAGAAAAUAAUAGAGUUCGUCGAGCUAUAACUCAAGUGAUUGUAACUAUUGCACAUCACGGAUAUUUGGAUUUGGAAGGUGGACAAGCCUUAAUCAAGUAUAUCAUCACUCAAUGUGCGUUGGAAGAAGAAAGCGAGGAAGAACUACACAGCAGAAGAUCAUCUGUUUUUGACAGUGAUGCAGUUACUAACAAAGAUCUGCGUACAAUGUCAGAUAACGUGAUGAAUCUUCUUGUAACCACCGUUGAUGACAUUGAAAAGGUUCUUUGGCCUCAUCUAUUUGAAUACCUGAUCCAACCUGAGUAUACUGAAGCUCUCCCCACUUUGUGUAAAUCUAUCUACCUGAUGGGAGAGAAAAUAAAAAGACAAGAUCCAUCGGGCGAGUUACUUCAAUCUUAUUUCCAGAGGAUUGAACAAAUGCCAAAGCGCGAGGCUCUGUUUGCACGUUUAAGUGUCAUUAUUGGUGAUGUACCAGAAUCACAUGUUAAAGAUACUUUACAGGUUUUAAAACUUGUUGGUCCUCAUAUUCAUGAACAAUUUGAUUCUGUCGCUCAUAUUCUUACAGGAUUGAUUAAUGAAUUUGCUAUGUUUGAUGAUUCGAAGCAUGAAUUUUGGAGAAAUAUUUGUUGCAAUUUCAACACAGCCUUUCUGCAGAAAAUUGGAAGCCUGGAAUUUUAUCACAAUUAUAUCACUGCUCAAAUGCGUCAAAUUCACCUUUAUUAUCAGAAAUCACCAUUGAAAAAUUUCUAUCUGACGAAUUUGGGCAACGUAAUAAGACUUUACAGGAAUAAGGAAGUCGCACAAAAUGCAUUGGAUCUUGCAUUUGAAACCAUCGACCACAGCAGUGCUAUCGAGAGAGAAGGUCUUGCUUAUUUGGCCGGUAAAUGUGCUGCUAAUCAUUUAGAUAUGGUCUUAGUCAAUUUGGAGAAAUAUGCCGAGCCUCGACGUUCAACUGGAUUCAUCAAUUCAAUCAUGGAUUCCAUGAGGAGUGGAACAGAUCCUGAAUUGGAACGACUAAGAUCAACUAUCGUUCUCAGUUAUGCAUAUGUUGUGAAGCAUGCUGAAAGUGAUCUUCUUUUAACUCGUUUAGAGACUCCUAUUCUGCGAACAAUUGGAUAUUUUUACUCACAAUCAAAAGAUUGGCUCGUCCAGGCUGCUUACAUCCAAGCUGUUGGCAUCAUUGCAUAUUCAGUGCUUCCUGAAAAACUUAAACAGAUGUACAUUUUCCGCAAACGUGAUGAUUUGCUGAACGAAAUGUUGACUAUUCUACGAUCACCGACCACUACAAGUCAUCAUUGUCAACUGACUUUGGAUACAAUUUCAAAUCUUGUAAAACACGAACCUGUUCUUUCUGACAAAGAAAAAACGACUGUCAUCGAUGUUGUUGGGAGAGCAGUUUACGCAAGAGUUGGUUACGAUGAUUUAUUGUGUUCUAUGAAAACACUCCUCGAAGAUUUUGUUGUCAGAGAACGAUCAACACUUGAAAUUCUCGUUUUUAUUGUAACUCAAUUGAGACCGUGGUUGAAUUCACAAACUAAUGAAGGCCACAGAAGUGAUGCUGUUAGUACAGCUCAACAUUGUCUUAAUUUUUAUGAGAGUAAUCUUGACUCUUGGAUGACUUUCCUUGUUGCCGGAUCUCAUCGUUUUGAAUCUUUUGGUUCGUUGAUUGGUCUUCUUAUAUCGAGACUUUUCGAUCCGGUUCCAUCUAUUCGUAUCAAAGCUUUCUUCUGUUUCCGUGCUAUCUUCAAAAUUGCUGAAAAAGUGUCCAAUAGGCCCGCUUCCCAAGAACCAUGCAUUGAACUAUUUAAUAGAUUAAUCAAUUAUCGUGAUGAGGUUCCUGAAUUAACUUCAGAAUCAAUCAAAACUUUAACCAAUUAUCUUGCUCAUCAAAUGAAACUGCGAGAUUUAUCACCUUUACCACUUUUUAAACAUCUGCUCGAUGGAAUGACUGAAAACCUUUCAUCGUGUUCUUAUGGUUGUUCUUGCGCUCUUCUUUCUCUUGUUGAUAUCUACGGAAAUGAUUUCAAACAAGAGUUACCUGAUUUCAUCAGUUACCUUAUCAACCGUAUGCCUUAUGUUAGUCAUACUCAUACCAGGCGAGGUCUUGAAUCUAUUAUAUCUUCUUUUGGAUCUCAUCAACUAAAUUCUGUUCUCAAUUAUCUUCUCGACUGUCCUCCAACCUGGUCCAAAGAUCAUAUUCAAAUGUGGCUCACUUUGGUUUCUGAUUCAACCCUUUGCACACCUAUCAUUGAUAAACUGUUAGAUGUCUUAAACGGACAACAAACCUACUUUCAUCCACGUAAACCUCAUGUCACUGUGGCUUCGCCUAAAGCCUUAUCAGCCAUUUUAGCUCUCCAAGAAAUUUAUGGAUCUUCUAUUUCUUCACCGAUCUUGAUUUCUCAAUUUGUUAGAGUUUUUACCGCAGUAUUUGGUACAGUUGCAAGUUUUCUCAAAGCUGAAUACAUUCCACCUGAAAACGACCCUCGAGUUGCAAAUAAUUCAGAAAAGAAGCAAAAUAUCUUCCCAAUUAGCAUUGCCGUCCAGACGUUGAAAAAUGUCCUUUACAAAUGUGAACGAGAUAAAGUACUUAAUGAUCAUAUCUUUUUCUUGAUGGAAAAAGAAGAUGAAUUCCCUGAAACUGUUGUCGUUUUGGCCAAAGAAAUGUGCUUCAAGUACCCAGCUGAUAUUUCUGAUCUUGUUGAACAUUUGACAGCUCUUUUGAAAGAUUCCUCGCCCAAUCGCCGACUCAUUCCUGUUGCAUUUUUCUGUGAAAUACUUUCCAUUGAUAAUUAUGAUCAACAAAACCUAGCUGAACCUUUAUUGCAAACACUUCUCAAUAUGCUUACUGAUUCUUCUAAUGCAAUUAGAAAGCUGUGUAUCCGAGGUUUAGGUCGACACAGCUGUCUUUCACCAGAAUUGAAUUCCAAACUUUCUAGUCCAGUUAUUUCAGCUCUUUUGUUGGGGUUGGAAGACAAAGAUGAUAAAAAUGAUGAUGUCCUGCUCGAAUCAAUCAAAGGGUUAACAAACAAUUUAGUUUACCUUGAGAAAUCUCAACUUCAAGAUAUAUGCGUUCACAUUGCUAUACGAUUAAAAUCUCUUUUCGAUAAGGAAAAUAAAAAUAUCAGAUCCUCAGCAAUACAUUGUUAUGGUAAAUUAUGUGAAAAAGGCGGCUUACUUCUUCAGGAUGUUUCCACCGAGAGUUUGAUACCACUUGUUGUUUAUUACAACUCAAACGUAUCUAUCGUUACUGAGGCGGCUAGAUAUGCAUUAGCAAACUUCGAUGCAACCGUUCCAGCGAAUGACCCACUCGGCAAAUUUUUCAAAAAGGUUGCCACUGAAAAGCAUUUCGUCGAACCAACCGAAUUUACACCAAGUUUAAUCAAAUUUCUGGCAAGUGAAUCGAAAGAGUUAAUUGAAGAUUGGACAACAUCUUUAGAAUUGUAUUUAAGAAGUAAUCAAGACAAUAUCAAGGCUGCUUCAAUUUUCAUUCUUGGACACAUAUUUGAUGCUGAUACAGACAAGAAUAUGAUUGAUCCAGAUCUUAGAUCUAAAAUAGUUAGCUGCUUGGUCCGUUUCCUGCGAGAAUCUAGGAGUAAUCAUGUUAAAAUGCGAUCAGCCGAAGCCCUUGCCAAGGCUUGAAAAUCAUUAUAAACAUAACCCAGUUGAAUAAUUAGUGUGUUUUAAAUCUCUUCAAAUUAUUAGGCAUACAAACAAGUAGCAGUAUUGUGCUAACAAUGGUUAUAUUGAAAACAACGAAUGCAAAGACAAUAUUAGUGUAAUGAAAAUAAUUGUUAACUGUCUAAAGAAAAGUUAUUUAAUUGUGCUUCAUAUCAAAAGUCAGAAAAUUAAUUCUUAUAACAGUUGUCCAAACAUGUGUUUGAAUUAUCCGAUACUGAAUAAACUUCCAUUUCUAUGCUGUA